AAUUUUUUAGCUGAUAACAAAAACAAUGGCAGUGUCUCAUAUUUCACUUAUAUAUGAAUACUGUUUCAUAUUUAUUUCAAUUCAAAAAUUAAAUGGUCAAUAAUUAUUAAUAUUUCAAUACCAUGUGAUUUAAAAAGUUUAUUUUCAAAUUUUUUUUAAGUUUUAUUAUUUAAAUUAUUCAAAUACAUUUUAUAUCGUACAAAAUGAGUACUUUAAGAACAGACGCAUUACCUUGUAAAUCAAAUCUGUCAAAUUACACCCAAGUACUUGACAAAAAUAUAAUAAAUAUCAUAGAAAAUGAUUUGAAUAUAAACCAAAAAAUAUCAAUCAUAUUUCUAUGUAUCGCCGAUAAAAUUAAUGCCAACAUUUAUCAUAACUUUAUGCUAAAGUUAAUCAGCUAUAAUGAAAAAGUUAUUUUUAAUGAAGACUAUAAAAAUAACGAGGGUAGUGUUUACAUAUUAUAUGAUUUAAUUGCCGAUGUUGCUGAUUGGAAGGAUAAGUUUAUUGAAGCCUUGUGUAUUAUUAAUAACAAAAUGAUUAUUAAUCAACUGGGAUUGAUUGUUGAUGAUUUGUAUCAGCAAUAUUGUCCACUGCAAUCGCGGAUUGUUGGCAAAAUAAACGUUGCCAAUAAAAUUUUAUUCAAAUUAUUUGAAUCGCUGGGAGAUAAAGAGACGAAGGAAUUUUUGAAAUCAAUUUACAGUGAAAAAGAUGUUGGUUUUGAAAGUGAUCAACGGCUGAGGGAUAUAUUUUUAAUGGAAAUUCAUGCGCUCUAUUGGUUAUCUAUUGGAUUUAUUAAAAUUACACCAGCUGGAGGUGAUUUAAGUGCGUUAUUAAAAUAUUUAAAACCACUUGGACACUUUGACAAACCGACUUUCCACGAUAUUGAAUGGUACAAUAAAAAAUUUGCUAAUAAAAGUCAAUGUUUUAUUAACAAUAAUAAUAAUAACAAUGGAAAAUUAUCAUUGUUUACAAAAUUAAAAUCUUUAAAUUUAAAAAAGAAAAUCGAGGAAAUCGAUUCCGAUAAAAUAAUUAUUAAAAAUGGUCUGUGUUUAAUUAUUAAUGAAAUGAAUUUUCCUAAUACUGCAUAUGAAGAUCGUGCUGGCAGUAAAGCAGACGUUGAAAAUCUUAAACAAACUUUUAAAAACUUAGGUUUUGAGAUAAGUUGCUAUGAAGAUCUUCGUGCCGAUGAAAUCGUUAGAAAAAUUCAUCACUAUGCGACUAGAAGAACAAAACAUUACGAUUGUUUCGUUGUUUGUUUGCUGAGUCACGGAUAUCCCGAUGGGAUAAUUUCCAGUGAUCACAAAAAAAUAACAUUUGAAGACAUAGAAAAAUGUCUUUGCCUGAAAGAAAUGUCAAAAACAUUGAAACUAGUUAUUGUUCAAGCUUGUCAAGGUGACACGACUGGCAUCGCUUCGUCGAAAAAUAACCUCGCUGUUGAUGGAUGUAGUUCGAGUGAUAAAAAUAUAAAGUUGCCCAAAAAUUUGUUUGCUGAUGGCAAUCAAUUGAAAGCCAAAAAAAUUGACUAUAGGAAAGAAUUUUUAUUGUUUAAAUCUACCAUGAAAGGUUACGUUGCCAUACGUCAUAAGGAACAAGGAUCCUGGUUUAUUACCGAUGUAUGCAAAGUUCUUAAUGACAUUGAAACUCAUUUAUCAAUCGAUGAAUGGAGUCGGCAAGUAAAAAAAAAAAUAAGCUCAAGAUGUGGAGAAGUUAAUGGUCUUAAUGCUGGGCAAUUAGCCGAAACUGAACGUGAUCGUCGUACAAAACAAUACUUUUUUUUAUACCAACCAAUUAAUCAAUAGUAAUUUUUAAAUUAAUUAUUUUAAUAUAUGAAACGUGACUUAAUAAUUUAAGUUAAUCAUACUUUUAUUUGUUAACAAAUAUGUAAUAAUUCUAGGUUAAUAUGGCUGCGUUCGAGUUAACUAAGUACGGAAGCUGGGCCAGCUUACCUUCAACUUCUAAGAAAGUGGCUCUAUCUCGUGUCCAUUUUUAACUUGUGGAAAAGUGAUAUCCUCACGUCCACUUUCAAUAUGCGCACAAGUUGAAAGUGGACACGAAGGUGCCAUUUUCUUAAGUUGAAAGCGGACGCGAGAUAGAGCCACUUUCUUUCAAGUUGAAGGUGACCUGACCCAGCUUCCGUAACUAAGUUCUGAACAAUACUAAGUAUUGUUCCGAGCAUACUAUACAUUUUACAGUUAAGUCCGCUAAAGAAUUACAUUUUUUUCCACUACUUAGCAAUAAGACGCGCAUGUAAAAUCAGCGACAUUAAUUUGUACCGGGUCGUAUUGAAUUCUUCUAAUUUAAUCCAUCUCCUUUGGGACCAUCAAGGCGAGGGCAACAUGGCCCGGUACAAAUUAAAGUUGCCGAUUGUCUUUGCCCUGAUGCGCAUGCGCAGUAAUAACGAUUGUAAACAUUGGCGGAGUAAAGUCAUUCUUUUGUGACGCAACUGUACUAUGUACGCCAUUUUGAAAAAUAAGAAUUUAGUUAAUUUUUUUAGGAGACGAACGCAGUCAUAUAAAAAUAUUAAGUAUAUUUUAAUUAAUGAUAUACUUAAAUUUUGGCAGUUGUAAUAUUUAUAAUUAUCAUGACACUGAUGAUCAAUGAGAUUAAUAGACAUUAAUUUAAUUUGUGAUAAUAAUGUGUCUAUUAGUCUGGUGAUAAGAGAUCCCAGUGACGUUUAUAAUAAUAAGGGUGAAAAUAUUUUUUUAAAUUGCAUGGAAAAAAAAGUUACAGUAAAUUUUUGUAUCAGCUGAUGCUGCUCGAGUUUUAGGUACAAAAAGUGGGGGAAGUAGUAUAGGAAGUGUAUAAAAAAUUUUAUAAACAAUACAGACAAUUUGCAUUUUUAUGUAAUAGAUUUUUACUUUUUUUUUAUGUAAUAGAUUUUUAACGAAUGUUAGUAAAUAUUUAUAAUUUGUAUUGUUUUCAAAAAAAAUUAUUGGAAAUUCGUUUUUUAUAUUUGUAUGAAGAAAACUAUGAAUUUUUUAUUUUAUUUUUGUUUAAUUAAAAAAAAAAGGUGGAGUCUAAUCAAAAAAGUUUUCUUUUUACUGUGAUCUUAAGAUUUUGAAAAACUUUUAUGUCCGUUAGUGGGUUAAUAAAUAAUAUUACGAGUUAAU